AUCCAUGCAGGCUGUGGUUCUUCGCUCUCUAAUCCCGCUUCGCCAUGGCUGCAAGGUCUGGUCUCUUGCCCUGCAGUUACGGAGCCCACUGGGAUGCGGCUGUCGAGGGUUGUGCGCCUGCCAGGGGGAGAGCGGACAGGUCGCCUUCCAGGUGAUCCCAGAAUGGAACCCGUCCACAGAGGCUGCUGAGGGGUCACCGGCCGUGGAGGAAAUUGGGCCUCAAGACCAAGUCCUGCGGCAGCGAAAGGGCCCAGGGAAAACAGCGGCUCCUAGGCCCCCCCUGGGGGCAGCCCCCGAAUCUGAUUCCCAGAGGGGGGCCUCGUCCCAGGACCCACUGACCUGGUUUGGGAUCCUGGUGCCCCAGAGCCUCCGACAGGCUCAGAGCAGCUUCAGAGAGGGGAUUCUCCUGGCUGCGGAGAUCGCCAGCCUACAGAGCGACAUCGAGGCCACACUGGCGCAGUAUCGGGCGCUGCUGGAGAGAAAGCGCCAGCUGCUGGCCAGAGAGGGGUAGCGCAGCCCCCCUCGGCUUUCGCACCCCACACACAGCUGGGCGUAUUGUAACCUCCGACACUCACGUCAAUAAACUGGGGCUGCUGCCCUGGUGUGUCCGUC